AUGAACUCACAGUAAGGAUCAGUUGUAAACUGCCACAAAGUAGAAAUAAGACUAAAAGACGUCGGAUUGGCUAAGAAGCCAGCUAUUUUGUCCGGAAUUUUUCUUCCCGUCAUUAUGAACAGCUCAAGUAUUUUCCUGUUGGCAUGUUGUGUAUGCAGCCUGAGUGCACUGGGAGGAGCUGCGGAUGUAGAGCAGGCUCUGACGAAGGAGGUCUUCACCAACUAUAAUCUUAAGGUUCGGCCUGCACACACCCCUGAGGAGCGAGUGGUGGUCCGAGUGGGAAUGACUCUGUCCUCGUUGGUUGGGCUGAAUAUGAAAAAUGAAGAAAUGAGCACCAUUGUUGUCAUGAAUCUGGAAUGGUCAGACCACCGGCUGUCAUGGAAUCCCAAAGAGCAUGACGGGAUUAAGGUGUUGCGUAUCCCUGCGGCGAAGGUGUGGCUGCCGGAUAUUGUCCUUAUCAACAACAAUGAUGGCGUAUUCGAUGUGGCGCUCCAUGUGCAUGUGCAGGCCUACAGCGAUGGAAGAGUGACCUGGACCCCACCUGCACUCUACCUGAGCUCCUGCAGCGUUAGGGUAACAUAUUUUCCAUUCGACUGGCAGAACUGCACCAUGCAGUUCCGUUCCUACACGUACGACUCCACCGAGAUAGAGUUGCAGUAUGCCCUGGACUUACUAGGAAAUGAGAUCAAGGAGAUCCAAUUGGACGAAGCUUUCAGUGAGAGUGGCGAGUUCCACAUCAGACACAAACCAUGCAGGAAGAACAUGAACAAAGACAUGUACGAGGACAUGACCUUCUACCUAAUCAUCGAGAGGAAGCCGCUUUACUACGUCAUCAACAUCAUCCUGCCGUGCAUCCUCAUCACCGUCAUCGCCAUCUUCAACUUCUACCUGCCGCCCGACGCAGGCGAGAAAAUGGGCCUGUCCAUCAACGUGUUGCUCACCCUCACCGUCUUCCUGCUGCUGCUUGCUGACAAAAUUCCCGAGACGUCGCUGGGCGUUCCCGUCAUCGUCAAGUACAUCAUGUUCACCAUGAUCCUGGUCACCUGCUCUGUCAUCCUCAGUGUGGUGGUGCUCAACCUCCACCACCGCUCUCCAAACACCCACAUGAUGCCCCUGUGGGUCCGCAAGAUCUUCAUCCACAUGCUGCCCCCUUACCUGUGCAUGUUGCGCCCCAAAGUGGAGAUGCCCCUUGUCUUUGAAAUGCUGCCCGUCCAGCGGGAGAAAAAGGCACUGGCCAUCAACAAGGGAGCGGAUGAGUACUUCAUACGCAAGCCAGACAGAUCCAUCUUGUUUCCCAACCCCAACAGGUUCCAAGCAGAGGGCAAGUCAUCCGACUUGAGGAAGUACAUCGAUGGGCCCAGUAGCUAUCUAUCGCUGCCCCCCGAACUCAAAUCAGCCAUUGAUGCCAUCACGUACAUCGCUGAGGCUCUGCAAGCCGAGAAGGAUUACGAAGCUCUGAAGGAGGACUGGCAGUACGUGGCCAUGGUGGUGGACCGCAUGUUUCUCUGGAUUUUUGUCAUCUUUACCACCGUAGGCACCUUGGCUAUUUUUAUUAAGGCCAGCCUCAACCGUGCACCUACUGACCCUUUUUAAAAAAAAAAAUGUUAAGAUUUAUAAUAAUAACUCAUGUCCUGUGUGGCAGCACAAAUAAACAUAAAUGCAAAUGAAUGAACAUCUUGACUCUUCACAGAUGAGCAGCCACGCUUGAGAACUUCAGGUUGCCACAGUGUAGACUACAUUACAGGCUCAUGGGCUCACACUACUGUAGCAAACAUUCUGCAACAAUGAAAUAAUAUGUUCAAAAAGCCAUACUGUAUUUUAAAAUGUAAUUUUUAUUUCAGUUGGAGAACGUGGCAUAAAUAAGCCGACGUGGUGUCAACAAAUAAACACAUGAGGCCCAGCU